GAAGCGCUUUGUGACUCCCCGAAUUGGAGGACGGCCCUCGACGCCGUUGGCAAAGCGUGUAUCUUCCUUGCAGCGAAGAAUGGGUGAGUACGCGAUGCACAAGGAGGAAUGUCGCGCAACGUCGGUCCUGGACUUUAUGAAUUUCUUAUGGAGGCUGAAUUACAACAGUAUUAUCCUGGUAUACGGGGGGACCUAAAAGUUCAAACGACAGCGCAAUUAAAAUAUGUAACAGAAGAAGAUUUAAAUGCUAUAGGAAUGAGUAAGCCUGAAAUGAGACGUUUGAAAAAAUAUUUUCAAAAACACUUUCCGCAAAAUUAUCUUUCCAAAUUUAAGAAGAUGUUAUUACCAAAGCGCGAAGAACAAACACCAAGCGCUCUUGGCAUGUUACCAGAAGAAAGACAAGAUAGGCCUCCUGUACGUGUUCCUAACAAACAUAUGAUUCCUGCUGAUGCGAUAAUAGUGAAUAAGGAAUUGGGAACUGGAGAAUUCGGAGUUGUGCAACAAGGUGUAUGGACAAAUGAUGGUGAAAGAAUACAAGUUGCAAUAAAAUGUUUAUCAAGAGAAAGAAUGCAGAAUAAUCCUAUUGAAUUUUUAAAAGAAGCUGCCAUUAUGCAUUCUAUCGAUCAUGAACACAUAGUUAGACUAUAUGGUGUAGUUUUGGAUACAAAUUCAUUGAUGCUCGUAACAGAACUAGCCCCCUUGCGUUCCCUAUUGGAAUGUUUAAAAGAACCAAGUUUACGAGCAAGUUUUCCUGUUCUCUCAUUGUGUGACUUUGCUGUCCAAAUAGCCGAUGGGAUGCAAUAUUUGGAAGCUAAGAGACUAAUACAUCGAGAUUUAGCAGCUAGGAAUAUUCUCGUGUUUUCUAAAAACAAAGUUAAGAUAUCAGAUUUUGGAUUAUCUCGAGCACUUGGCGUUGGUAAAGAUUAUUACCAAACAAAUUUCAAUGUUAAUUUAAAAUUACCAAUUGCAUGGUGUGCUCCCGAAUGCAUAUCCUAUUUGAAAUUUACAUCAGCAAGCGAUGUAUGGGCAUACGGUGUAACACUUUGGGAAAUGUUUAGUUAUGGUUUCCAACCAUGGGCUGCAUUGACAGGUCAUCAAAUUUUGGAAGCUAUUGAUGAACCUAAUUUUCAAAGACUCGAACAACCAGAAUGUUGUCCGAAAGAUUACUUUUCCUUGAUGCAGCAAUGCUGGCAACACGAUCCAUCCAAACGGCCAAAGUUUUCUGAAUUAAUUAAUUUAUUGCCAGAUUUAAAACCAGAACAAGUUCAAGCUGUACAGGACAGUACAGAAACAGGACAAUUAGUUUAUAGACAAGGUGAUAUAAUAACUGUGUUGGAUAAAGGAAGCAGCAAUACCAUGUGGAAGGGUGUUUUAAAUAAUGGAAAAACAGGAAUAUUUAAUCCUGCACACACAAUAGCUUAUCUCGGUUCGAAUUUACCGAGCAACAAGCCAGGAGAAUUUACAAGAGGCGAUGGGAAAAAUGCAUUUUCAUCUCAACGAAGAAAAAUUCGUACAGAUAUGAUAUCUUCCCCUCAAGGCGAUUUAAAACAUACUGGUCACGUUGGACUGGAUGGCGCAUAUUUUGGUGAUAUCAGUUUUCUCGGUGGCAAGUAUCCACAUUUACCGCGUCAAGUGGUAACUCCAUAUAAACCCCAAGAAGAUGUUACGGAUAAUUCUAGUCAAAUUUUAAAUCAAGAUGUAAGAAGCUUAGAAAUAGACAGAGAAACUUUGAGGGAUAGCAGAGCCUUGCAACAAGAACAGCAAAGUAAACAUGACAAUUUAUGGUCAGACGUUAAUUCCGAGAUUUGCCAAAUGGGAAAUAUUUCCAAUGCAAGCAAACAAUCUACUGUUGUAUCAUCCAAUACGAUUGGCAAUAUCGAAAGCCUUGGUGCCGAUCACGAAUAUCAUGAGAUUAGUGACGAAGAAAAUCAAGAUAGUCCAUUAAGAUUUGACAAAACGCUUAACUUUGAUUUUGGUCCAAGUCUUUUAGCUGAGAUGGAUCAAAUGUUUAGGUCUCUAGGUUCUUCAGCUCCUCCACCACCACCUGGACAUCCUUUGCCUACCGAACAUGAAUCGAGUAAUGCAAGAAAUGAACUUCGAGAAAUACAAGCUAAACAAUGCAGCAAGAAGAAACAAGCGACCGUGAGUCCAAUAAAUGUGAAGCCUAUCUCUGCAGCCGAUCAGAAAACACUCUACUCGGCCAUUGCUAUGGCACAGGAAUUGACAGCACGUUCCAUGACAGAUCUUGAACAUCCACCGGAGUCUCCCCGAACACCCGCCAGUCCUUCAAGACGCAGAAAAUUCUCUUUUAAGUUGCCACAUCAACACAGUCCCAAACCAGACAGACGACACUUUUCAGAAGAAGCUGCCAGAAUACCUGACAUGCAGUGGCUAUGUUCAAGUCUACAAUCACUAUCUUCUACGGUAUCUAGUAUAGAAUCUCUUGGUGCCCCAUCAACUUUAAAACUGCCUUUGUGGGAUAAAGCCUCGGCAGAGUUUUGCUUUGCUAAAUCCCGUGAACUUCUAACGAAACCAAGUGCCUGGACCUCUUACAUGGAUAUUGAAUUUGAUGCCCAUAUAUUGGACAAUGCAGCAACUAAACAGAAUCUCGUAAAAUCCAGCGAAUUCCUCGAGCAUGGAAACAGGAAAAGUGGUUACAAUUGCGAAAAUGCAAUCGACAUUAAUCCUAAUCAUAAUCUUAAGCAACACAACGGCACGGUAUCCUUCAAAAUGGAAAAUCCUAAUCUCGAUUUCCCACGAGAACCUAAACGGAUAUCAACCAGUUACGUUGAUCGCUAUUUCGAACAACCGAAAUAUUUUGACGAGGACAGUGCUCUGAGUUGUUCCGUCGACAAAGCUUUGCGUUUCACAGAUGAGAAAUCCGAUAAAUUUGAUAAAAUGAAUAACUUGGAACAUUCCGUUAGAUCUUCUUCUUACGUUAGCAAUAUCCAAGAACAAACUUCUAUGAUAAGUAACAGAUCCGGUCAACAGUUAUAUCAAAAUAACAAAGUUGAUAAUUGUGAACAAACUUUGCAAGAUAAGACAAAUUCGACUAAUUUCGAAAUGGCUCGAGAAGAAACGCCAAAUUACGACUUGUUAAAGGAGAAAACGGCGAAUCUUGAUUCUUCUCGCAAUAAACCAGUUAAGUUUGAAUCUCAAAGAGAAAAGAUAAGUAAUCUUGACGUUGGCACGAGACCGAAAUUGUCGAGUUCUUUUAGUGAUUCUUCCAAAGUUAAUAUAACAGAAUUUACGAAGAAGAUUGACAUAGCGAAAGCAAGAGCUGCUAAAGUUACUUUUGUACCCAGAUCGAAUCAUCCUGGUCAAGAAACUAAGAGCAUAGUUUAUGGUUCAUCCGAUAGUAUAAAAACAAAUGUACAAACUGGUACGUCAGAUAAUAAUUCGACUGCGAGAGGAAACGUGGAAACUGUAAGAAUAAAUAUUCAAAGUUUUCGUAAAAUCGAACAAAAUCAAAAUGGUUUCGAUUCGUUUCCGUUCGUAAUAUCGAAUAAUCCGUUGUUUAUCGCCGAGUCAGAGAAAAAGGAAUCGCCGAUAUACAGCAGUUCGGAAAGUUUGCGCGUUAAUUUUCAACGCCUUAGACGAAAGUCCGAUGCCGAGGCCAAUAGUCAAGUUGAAUUGAGUAGCAAAAUACUUGCGGAAAAAUAUCAACGAGAGGUAUCGGGCUUGGAGAGCGUUAAAAGUUAUCUUGACUCGAAGAAGGGUCAAGGAUUGAGCUUAGGAUUGGGAAAGUUGACGCAAAAUAUGAUGCAACUUGGAAAGAAUAUCAGUCAAAAUUCGAUGUCUAAUAAAGGGAUGUUAUCAAAUAUGAGAAAGUUAGAUUUGCCUAGUCAAUCUCAAGUACCUUUUCGUAACUUGAACAUUCCACUUCAAAAACCAAAGCACUUGGAUUUGAAUAUACCGUUGCAAAGUCAACAACAAUCGAGUGCUGUUAAAUUGAAUAUAACGCAGAAAACUAAUCCACCUACGAGUCCUAGUAUACAUCAACAUAUAUUGGAACCACCAAAAUUGUAUCAAAACGAAACAACUAGGAAGGAAUUACCAAAGUCUGAAUUAUUAGUAGAAAAACUGACAAGCAAUACAAAUGUUUAUCGACACAGGACUUCAUCUCUAUCCGAGAAUCGAAAACCACCUAUAAAGAACGUACGCAGGUCGUUCCAUCCUCGAAACGAUUCUAGCGAGGAUUCUGAUUCGGUUUCUCAUUCAGAGACAGAUAUAAGAAGUCGUUUGCGUUACAAGCGUCGUAGCAAAAAAGUCCCACACAGUUUGAGGCUGAAUUUUAAGAACAAAGGACAAUUUCUUCAUCCAGAUUCGGCUCGAGGAUUUUCCUCGGUGGAAUUGUGUGGGAAAUCACCGCCACCUUCUACGAGUUUCCUCAAUUCCUUAUCCCCGCCCUUCUCUUCUAGAAACAACUUACUUUCCUGGCCUGAAAGUGCACCGAGUUCUAGCUUAACUUUUACGAGUAAUUCCGAUUUAGAUUCGGACACCAGUUCAGAAUAUCCCGAAUUUACUAACGACAUAUUAACCUUCCCUCCUUCUCCAGCUCCUUAAACAACGAAGGAGCACG